CAUUUUUCUGUUGCUCUUCUUCUACAGCAAUUCUCAUUAGUCAAGCUCCAUCAAUGGAGUCCUUCAAUCCCAAUAGGCACCUUAAAGAACUAUUCGUGAGUCACUUAACGGGGUCUUCGAAGCUUGAAAUUUUCUUUCUGAUCACAAAUCUUUCGAUUUUGGUUCUUAUUAGACGUUGCAUCGGAUUCAACUGGAUCAGUAAUGGCCAUCCUAAGAAAGAUGAUAACGUUGCUGGUGGUGGAAAGAGUUUCAAAGCUUAUGUUGCAGUCUUGCUUAUUGAUUAUCUCUGCAUUGCUAUGCCUUAUAUUUUAUAUCUGACUGUUUUGGCAGAAUGGACUUAUUGGAGCACAGUCUUGAUGCUUUUGCUGCUGUUUUGCCUGAAAACAUUUGAUAGAAAUCGACCUUCAUUCUUGCAGGAAGGUGGUGUAGAUUCUAUUAGGGAAGAUAUCACAUCUUACAGAAUCUCUACGAUGCUUGUUACAUGCUUCUCUAUUUUGGCUGUUGAUUUCAAGAUAUUUCCCAGAAGAUACGCGAAAACAGAGACAUAUGGGACUGGAUUGAUGGAUCUUGGGGUUGGCGCAUUUGUAGUAGCAAAUGCCUUGGUUUCACGACAGGCACGUGGCAUCGCAAAUAUGACACUGAGUACUGGCCUUCGUUCAACUAGUCCAUUGAUUAUUUUGGGUUUUGCUCGACUUGUCUGUACUUCAAGUGUGAAUUACCAGGUUCAUGUUGGUGAAUAUGGUGUCCAUUGGAACUUCUUUUUCACUCUAGCUGCUGUGGCUAUCCUCACAUUAAUUGUUAAUGUUCAUCCUAAAUACUGUGGUAUUCUAGGUUCAUUAAUCCUAAUAGGUUAUCAAGCCUUACUAUUGCGUGGGCUGAAUUUAUAUCUUCUUUCUAAAGACAGGAAAAGUGACAUCUUUAGCCAAAACAAGGAAGGGAUUUUUAGCAUAUUUGGAUAUUGGGGUAUGUAUCUUAUUGGUGUCAGAAUUGGAAGCUAUGCCUUCUUUGGAGACAAUGCUGAUGCUAUGUUGAAAACCAAGACUUGGAUGAGAACUAGAGUUUGGGUUCUUUGCAUGUUUUUCUGGUCACUAACUUUGCUUCUUGACUGGUAUGUUGAAGCAACAUCUCGCCGAAUGUGCAACAUGGCAUAUGUAUCUCUUAUCUUGGCUAUCAACCUUCAGGUGUUAGGCAUUGUAAUGAUGUUUGACUGUGUUCCGGGAUGCAAGAGUUCAGCCAUGGAAGAAGCUUUUAGUCGAAAUAUGUUGGCAUCGUUUCUACUGGCUAAUGUUCUUACAGGAUUGGUGAACUUGUCCAUUGACACUCUAUCAGCUUCAUCGAUCUCAGCUGUAGCUAUCUUGUUUGCUUAUGCCUUCAUUUUAUGUUUUGUUGUGGGAAUUGCAAACUUUUUUGGCAUGGUGUUCAAGUUUUGGUAGUAAAAAAUCUCACCACUGUUUGCUUGAUUUCCAAUCUUGCUUCACACUCUUGAUAGA